CUGACAGUGAGAAACCUUUUAAAUUGGAAGGAAAGGCUAAGAACAAAGACAAAGUCAUCCAUAAACUGAAUUUAAAGUAGAUUGACGAUCUGAAGAAGAAAAACCAUGAUUUAAAGCAACAUGUUAUGCAAUUGCUUGAUAGUAAGCAGGUGGUGGAGAAUCAGGUGGACAGUUUGACCAAUAAGAAUGAGUAUCUGUGUAAAGAACUUGCUGUAGUUGACAAACUAGCUGAACAGCUGGAAAAAGAAAAAGAAUUAGUCUUGGAUACUGCUGACCAGGAACUUGAGGAAGCAAAGACUCAAAUUAGAUGCCAGCAAAACAAUAUUAGAAAGUUGGAGCACACAAUCAAAAUACUUAGAUCUGUUAUUUUAGAAACAGAAUCUGAAAAAACACUAGGGAAGUCUCCUUCAAGACUUGAUACCUUUAUCAAGACAUUGGAGGAGGACAGAGAUUAUUAUAAAAGUGAAGCUGAGAAUUUGAAGAAGAUGUUUCGAAACACAUCUUCAAGUCCUAAGCACAGCCCCACUCGUAGCAGCAUUUCAAAACAUUCUUCACCUAUCCAGGGAAUGAGUUCAGAUCCAGAAGUUAUGAAAAUAUUCAGAGAACGUGAAGAACUUAAGUCAAUGCUGGAAAAAUAUGAGCGCCACAUGGCAGAAAUUCAGGGUAACGUCAAGGUUCUAACAGCUGAGAGAGACAAAAUCAUCAUUCUUUAUGAUCGGGCACAGGAAGAAAUAUCUCGACUUCGCCGAGAUGUUAUCAAAUCCCCCAAGAUUCCUAAAACGACUGUGACAGCCCAGGCGAUCUUAAGGCGUGUGGAGACAGAAAGGGAUGCGGCUGUUUCUGACUUCCGAAGGAUGACCACAGAACGAGAUAGCCUCAGGGAGAGGUUAAAGAUUGCCCAGGAGACUGCAUUUAAUGAGAAGGCUCACUUGGAACAGAGAAUUGAAGAGCUAGAAUCAACAGUUCAAGAUCUUGACAGUGAACGUUUGGAACAAAUAUCAAAGAUAGCACUGAUGAAAGAGACCAUAGAUUCUGUGGAAAUGGAGAUGAAAAUAUUGGCAAGAAGGGCACUGGAUUCAGAAAGUGAGCUCAGCAGACAAAAAGCAGAAUGUGCUUCACUAAGCUUAUUAAAUGAAAAGACAGAACAGAGUCUUUCAGAGACGCAGCGACAUCUUGCUAAAAAAAAAUAUGAAUUACAACUUACCCAGGAGAAAAUUAUGGUUUUGGAUGAAAAAAUUGAUAACUUUUCAAAACAAAGUCUUGCACAACAAGGAGAAAUCCAUAUUCUCAAAGAAACUGUUGCUGAGCUGGAUACAGAAAAGGACUCCUUACAAGAAUGUGUGGAUGAAAAAACUGAGAAAAUUUCUUCCUUUCAAGAAACCCUGGCAAUGAAAGAAGAGACUAUUUCAGGUUUGAAGGAUCUCAUUUCUGAGAUGGAGCAAUCAUCAAAACAGUCUACUGAAGCUCUAUGCGUCUGUGAGGAGGAUAUCACCAGAUUGCGUCAACAACUGGAUGAAACCAAUGAUGAACUUGCUCAGACUGGCAGGGACAGAGAAUCUUUAGCUCAGGAGAAUGACAGGUUGCAGGAACAACUUCACAGAGUUAAGAAGGAAAAUCAGAUUCUACAUCAAAAACUUGCAAAGUGUCAGAAUGAACUUGAUGAUAUGAAGAUGAAAGCGCAGGAUUCAAGCUCAGAUAUUGCCAGAUUAAGGAGCACAUUGAAUUCUAUAGAGAGAGAGAACUGUGAACUUUCAGAGAGCUACCACAGAGCCAGUGAGCAGGCAGAAAGCUGGGAAACAAAAUUCCACCAAGCGGAAGGAGAUUGCAGCUCUGUCCGAUUGAUGCUCCUCAAUACAGAGUCUGAGAGCCGCAGGCUGAAAGAAAGAAUGGAAUCCCUUGAAAUAGAGAUUGAGCAACACUUAACAACAGAAAAAGCCUACAAGUCACAGAUUUCUACCAUAAACAAGUCUCUUAUGAAAAUGGAAGAGGAGCUGCAGAAUGUGCAGUUGGAGAAAGUCUCCGUUCUUGCAGAUCUCACUUCUACACAAGAGCUUUGUAUUAAAUUAGACUCUAGCAAAGAGCUACUAAAUCGGCAACUAAACUCUACAGCACAAGAAGUAGAAAGGCUGCAGAGUGAAUGGGAGUCUUCUCGUUCUGAAGUAGAACUCCUGAGGAAACAACUCGCUAAUGAAAGAAUCUCUAUGAAAAACCUGGAAUCUUUGCUGGUGUCCAACCGUGAGAAAGAAUUUCAGUCUCAGAUAGCCAAACAAGAAAAGGAAUCUGAAAUUCAGCUUCUUAAAGAGCAGCUUUCUCUGGCUGAGAAUAAACUUGCUAUCCAGAAUCGAGAUUUUGCUCAGCUCAGAAAUACAACAACUCAGCUAGAGUCUGAGCUAGAUAUCACCAAAAGGCAGCUGGGGACAGAGCGCUUUGAAAGGGAACGUGCUGUACAAGAGCUUCGUCGCCAGAGUCUUACUACUACAUACCAAUUAAGCUCUACUUUAAGGACAUCAUCACCUGACCGUUCCCUCCGUCGAUCUCCUGAUUGGACUCUGGACAGAUCCUUGGAAGGGAAUUCUACAUUCAGGGACUUCUAACAUUACUCAGGAUGACAUGAACUGAAUCGGCACAUCCUCUGGAAAACUGUAGGCUUAAAAUGAACUCAGCGUUUGUUAAACAAUUGUUUUUCCCUGCUGACUGUUAAAUUACGUUAAAUAUACGUUAAUAUACCAAUGUAAGAGAACACAUAAUCUGAAAUUCUUUUAUUUUGGUCAAUGGAAAGAAAUCAGUCUUUAUGUUCUGUAUUUUUUAUACUGCUAACCUUUAUUAUUUAGUGCGAUAUCACAAUGACCCAUUUCAGGAAAUAGAAGGAGAAAUGCACACAGCUGCAUCUGUACAUUGAUAGUGUGCAAAGGGAAAAGUUUGUAUGUUCCCCUAUUAAAAAUGUAUACAGUAGUAGGGAAAAUGAAGAAGAGUGUAACCAUACAAAAUUUACAACAGAUAUUUGGAUGCAGAUUUUUUUUAAGUUGGAUGUAUUUUUGCCAAAGUAUGUUGUUGUGUUUACAUUUGAAAGCACAUGCCAAGCCUUCUCUUCAAGAUGAGGCACAUUCUUCUCUUAAUUCCUUACUUUUGCAUUUUGAUACUCUUGGGAUUAACAUCAGGUUUUAUUCAUUUUUAUUUCAAAGCCAGUAAAUCUAUUACCCAUCUAUGAAUAUUAGUAUGAGAGUCUGUUACAAAUAUAUGCAUACUAUGAUUGGAAGGAGUAUUUAAUUAUUGAGCAUAUUACAAUUGUGCUAACCUCUUAUCAAAGUUUAUUAAUGUAGAUAAAUUUUAUUUGUAAAGAUAUCUGUAUUUUAAAUUAAUUUGCUUAAAAUUUAAAAGAAAACUAAUACAAAUCUUAGGGGCUAGGUGACAUUUGUUAAUUCAUGUCAAGUUUUUGCACCCUUCAGAUUUGAGGUGCAGGCUUGACAGGUUUUAUUCAACUCUUCCAAAUCAUUUUAUAAACCUAUCACUAUACCUGGAUUGAAUAUGAAUUGUAAAGCCUAAGUAAAACUUUCUCCCUGCUAUAACCUGUCUGGGUGUAUUACCAUUUCUAUGUCUGGAAACAGUGAAAAAUAAUGCUGUUAUUUUAUUUCCAAUUAUUUUCCAUUUGGCCUGUUCCCUUAACUUUUAUGGAGACUUCUUCACCCUUGUGACCAUAAUAACACAGCGAAACCUUUUGAAAAUGUUUUGUGUAGCCAGUCUUUUCUUUGGGGCAGGGAGGAUUGUUCAUUCUAAUGGUUUACUCUGGUAUGUGUUAUAUACAUACACAUACAUACAUCACUUGUGAUGGUUUUCAAAUUCAGCUUUCAAAUGCCUCUCAUUUCCUCUAAAACCUACUAGUAGUAUAGCACAUAUCAAAACUUCUUAUAGUAAAACAAAGCGUUCUUAAAAAAAACUUUUUAAAAAGUAUUUUGAGGAAUAAUGUGCAAAAACAAUUGUUUGUGAUAUAUAUUUUUAUAACAAAAAUGCUUAAGUUUAGCCUUGCUUUCUAGCUACAAUUCUCUAAUCUUCUGUUUGGGAGACCUGGGUUUAAUUUUUGAGGCUUGAUUCUGCAAUCUUUAUUUAAGUGACUAGUACUUAGCCGCAUGAGUAGUCCCACUAACCUUAAUGGAACUAUUGGUAUGAAUAAGGGCUGUGGGAUCAGACCUUGGUAUUAUUCUUUUGCUCACUGGGCUGCUAAUAGGCUGGGAAUUCUGCACUCAGCUCCAGAAUAUGAGAGAGAAGGAAUAAUUUGUGCCAUUCAACACUGAGGCUGCAGUCUGAUUUAAAAAGCAUUGUUGAUGGGAUCUGAAGGGAAUUUGAUUAUCCUUAUCCAUAAGACUAAUGUGGGUAACAUAGGGCAUGAAGAGGGAGAGGUUAAGUAAGAAAAAAUGAGGUAUCCUCAAGAUUGUACAUGGUAUACAAAGGUCCACCCCAAGAAACAUAAAUUUUCAAGUAUUCAUGUUAAUAGAAACAAUGCUCUGUGACUGCAUAGAAAAAUCAGUUGAUUGAUGAUGUUACACUAUCCAUCAAAAAGAUUAUUUUAAUUAACUUGUUGGUAUUGCUUUUUUUAAUCAGAACUAGUUAGAGCCAGAUUAAGAGAAUACUGCUUCAAAAUAACAGUAUUAGAUGUGACACUUCCAUAAUAAUGUUCAGGGCUGGCCUUUGUUUAGAAAACACUCAGCAAACCAGAAUUUAAUAUUCCCCUAUAUACAUGGACCUCUUACUGCUACUCUUACUGCAGUAUAGACUGUACAUAGAGACUAAGAUUUCUGAAGUGGAAUGGAUGGGCAGGAGGAACAUAACAGAAGAUGACCUUUAGUCAUGAAUUUGGGAUGGGUCUAGGCCUGGUUUCCAGGAGCAUUUAGUUGCUCUAAAUUUGUGCACAUUAAAAAAUACAAUAUUAAAAUAAGAGAGAGCUUUGACAGGAUCUAUUGGCUGGUACUGGCACCAUCACUGCAUUUAACUGAAAUUGAGAUCAAAGAAUGAAACGGAGGGGAGAGGGAAAAAAGAUAGGAGAAAUAAACUGACCUGGCCUUAGUUUGUGAAUCACCAGUGUAACUUAAAAAACUAAAACCUUGCUGAGAUUCUUGUUCUGCUGUAAACAGAUGAGGGGAUUUGGAUGGUAUUAGUUCACUGAGCACUGUAUGCUAUAACAGUAUAUUCUAAAAGUCUUGAGACUGUUACUUCAUUCAAGCAUGUUAAACUUUGCUUAAUUUCCUAAGUGAAAAUUGUGUAAUGAACUAAACCAGGACAGUAUUUAUAGCUUUCUCCUAUUUCUGACAGCAGCCUUUUAAUCUUUUUAAUAACAUAUCUCUUUUCACUCCUUAAAACAGGGAAGAAUUUUGAAUGUGUCAAGAUUUAAAUGUUUAUAUAACAUUUUGCAGUGGUUUAUCUUUCCUCAUACUGUGGGAUCUUGGUGGUAGGGCAGUUUUCUUGUCAUUUUAUUAUAGUAUUCUUGUUUGGAAAUAAACAUAUGAAAAUAAUCCAUUUAUUUAUCAUUUCUGUUUCUUGUUGGUAUAUUGUAUGUGACAUUUAGGCACACUUAAUACUGUAAUGUUUGUUAUGCUUUCAUAUUUCACUUAAUCAUUUUAUUAUUUGCAAACAAUCUGAGGAAUAGUAAUUUUUACAGAUUUGAA